AUGGAGCUAGAAGUGCUAAAAAAUUUUAAUCAUCAAAUUUAUAUUCAACAAAUUAAAGCCAAAGCUUACUUCUAUUUGCUACAAAAUUUUUUAUCAUCAUUAAAUCUAAUUGUACAAACUAAUAUCAAAAAAAAUAGAACUUUGGAACACUAUAAUUUUACUGUUCAAGAGGCAUUGGACUUUCAUGCAAUGUCUGGUGGAUUAAUUAAUCAUGUUGUAACUGGCUCAGAACAAUUUUUUGGUCAUUUUAUUGAACCUUUUCAUGAGAUUAUUUUACCAACUAA